UUUGUUCCCCCCCCCUAAUUUUCAUUGCAGACAACAGAUCCCGACCCUUAAUCCGAAGCCGACGAACCGUUGUAGUAUUCCGAUUCUAAUUCCGGACAUACCGGAGACAAGGCCGUCGACGGGGUUGUCGAGGCGUCUCCGGCGACCACAUCCGAGAAACGAUAAACCCGAAGUCAACGGAGCAAGUUCGUAACCACGGAUUUAUCCUCUAGGGAAAAAGCCGAAUGAUUGAUCAUAGGCAAGCAAAAGUCUGAGAUAUAAAUUCCAGGCCCAAAACGACUGCUUAACCAUCCUCCCAGUCCAAGAUUCCAACUGUACCGAGUCCUCUACAUCCCAAAGAACCCCCUCCCAGCGCAACAAAAACUGGACCACCAUUGGCAAAAAUGGACUACAUCAGUAGCACCGUCGACACUCUUCGGAGCUGGGGCUUGCCCACCAUCUCCCUCGUAUUCCUGUCGCUUUGUUUAGUCAGCAACGCAGUCUACACCCUCGCUAUUCACCCUCUGGCCAAGUUUCCAGGUCCGUGGUGGGCUGCGCUGAGCCGUCUACCCUUCUGUAUCGCACGCAUGAGGGGUGAUCAAGUCCAAUGGAUGCACAGUCUCCACCUCAAGUACGGGCCAGUGGUACGCUUCUGCCCGGAUGAGCUCAGCUACGUAGACCAGGGCGGCUCAGCGUGGAAGGCCAUCUACGGGCAGGAGAAAGGGGUCAAGGAAUUCCCACGCAUCAAGGCGUGGUAUGUAGAACCUUUCAAUGGAAUCAACCCGAUCACCAGCGUCCCUGCCCACGAUAUCCACCGUAGGUUCCGCGCGGCCUUCUCUCCGGCCUUCUCCGAGCGCGCACUGCGGAGCCAAGAGCCCUUGUUUCGAAAGCAGAUCGAUCUUUUGUGUUCAAUCCUGGCCGAUGAAGCAGCCGAGACGGGCGAGCCGGCCAAUUUGACUGAGCUCUUCGAGUUCACCACGUUCGACAUCAUGGGCGACCUGGCGCUGGGCGAGUCCCUGGGUAUGCUGCAGACGCAAAAAUACAGCAAGUGGAUGAAGUCGCUUGCCUCUGGUGUCCGCAUCAUGCCUGUCGUUCAGUUCAUCCAGUAUUACCCUCUCCUGUCCAAGAUCUUCAACCUUUUGGAGCCAAAGUGGGUGACGCAGCUGAAGUACGAGUCGCACCAGCACAAUGUUGACCGCGUCAACGCGAGGCUUGCGAGAGGGUCGUCUCCUCAGGUCGACAUCUGGAGCUACGCGCUCUCGGCAAAGGAAAACCAGCGGCUCACCGUGCAAGAGAUGCACUCCAAUGCUGAGAGCUUCAUGAUUGCUGGAUCAGAAACAACAGCAACUGCAAUGACGGCAUUGACUUACUUCCUCACCGCAAGCCCAAGCAAAUUUUCCAGACUCAAGAAUGAGAUCCGCAGUCGAUUCUCGAGCGAGGAGGAGAUCACAAUGGAGACGACAGCCCCGUUGAAGUACUUGAAUGCGUGUAUCCAAGAAGUACUUCGCAUCUACCCACCCCUGCCGAUCGGAGUCCCUCGUGAGGUCCCAUCGCCGGGCGCUACCAUCCUUGGCAAAUGGGUGCCCGGGGGCACCCAAGUUUCAGUGCAUCACUACGCAAGCAGCCACAGCCCGGGCAACUUUACGGACCCUGAGACGUUCGCGCCGGAGCGGUGGCUGGCUCGGGAUCUGGCCGACGACGGUGACAGUGAGCGCUACGCUUCGGACCGGCUGGAGGCGUCGCAGCCGUUCACCGUUGGACCGCGCAACUGUCUUGGAAAGAGCAUGGCGAUGCACGAGAUGCGGCUGAUGCUGGCCUGCAUGUAUUUCCGGUUCGACAUGGAACUGGUUGCUGACGACGGGGCAGCGCCGUGGAAUCAGCAAAAGGCCUUUGCGUUCUGGGACAAGAAGCCGCUGAUGUGCAGGAUUAAGCUGGCCAAAAGCGGGUAAAGAGAUGUUGGGAAAUUUUUAUUGAAGUUUGGACUUUUGUCUACAUGUAGUGAGUGAAAAGGAAUUGUAACUGAAAGGGAAACUGGAUCAACUGCAACGGGUAAUAGUGGGACAGGUGGGUCUGGUACAAACGAAUAGAAUAGAUUUCAGGGUCUAUCUAUAGCAAGCAGCUCAGCUCAGCCGUUCCAGGGUGCCUGUCGGUUUCCCCAGCCACCUGCAAACUUCCCGACCAAGACUUCAUUUCAUUCAGCUCAGCUUCAACGGGCGGGCGAGGCUCCGUUCGCAUCAAUGGGAUGGACACCUGAUCUCCUUCUCUAUUCUGGAGGUUACUUGGAAAGCAAUUGAGG